GGAAAAUUUUAUUAACCAAAGGUGGAAAAUCCUUAAGAAUUCAGAUAAAAAUAUUUUAAUUACUAAUUGAAAAAUUAUCGAAACAUGCUUUGAAAUUGACGGAUGUGAAAGACAUGAUAGCAAAUGCAUUAAUUUGAUCAGACAUUAUAUUCAGAACUUUUGAAAUAACUGAAAAGUUGAAAAAAAUGACAUCAUGAACAUUGAUUUAAAAUUAUAUUUCAAAUUUACUUUCACAAAGUUGCUGGAUUAACAUUCGAAUAUCUACAAAAUAGAUUAUGUAAUCCUAACAAAGAAUUGGUGAAAUGCACUAGCUGUCACGAAAUGUUUACAUUGAAAAAAAGAAUGUUAGAAAAAAAAUGAUUUACUGAUCCAACGAACAUCUUCUUGCAGAAACAAACGAUAGCAUUAGCAAACAUUUCCAGAUAAUGAUAAACUAUUCAAACACAGAGUGCUCCGAUGAAUAUUAAAAAGAAAACGUGCAAAAGAUUUCUAAUUAUGAUUAAACAAAAUUCUCAUUGAAUUCUUAUAUGACAAUUUUCUCUUAAAUUUUUUUUUAAUGUUAAUGCUCUGAUAACCAACUAACAAACUAUCGAACCUCCCCCUGCUCCAACACCCCUGCUCUAAAGUCGUAGGUUCCAGCGCGAGUUCCAAACGGCUGAUCAGAGGGGUCGAAAGAUCGAUCCCCGGCACGCCAGCAGGGUGGCGCUGUCUUGCAGCAGAAGCAUCUCUGGCUCGGAAGGACCCCGGUUCGGCACAGCGCCAGCAAAAGACUUCUCCUAGCAUUCUUGUGGCAUCACUGCAUCACCUGCUCCUCCGUAUCCGAGGGACUGAGGGAGGCGGAGAGAUCUCAUCCCCACGCUCCUUGAGGGAUGCAAGCGUGAUUGAUCAGAGGAUCGUCUCGAGUGUGCUCUGCUCUUCCUCAUCAGCGGCAUGUGGGUGAUUGGUGUAGCAUCGGUAUUGCUUUUGUUGCAUUGAGUGAAGUGCUCGUAUUAGUGUCUCAUUAGGAGCUUGAUUCCUAGGAUUUCGUUAGAGUGGAUUCUACUGUAUAAAAAAAAAAUAUCAGAAAAUAUUUGUAUAGAUAUUUAAGACUUCUUAGUAGAUAUAAAUAGAUACAGGAGAAUCCAAUCGAUUUUCAGAAAAUUCAGUAUUAUAAAAAAAGUUAAUUAGCAUUAACAGUAGACUAUCUUAGAUCUGAACGAUCACAUAAUUAGUUUCUAUUCAAUAAAAGAAAGAAAGAAGAAUUUGUGAAAGAGCGCACUCACUAGCAAAACGAUUUAGUCAAACUCUAGUCAUUUUUGGAGUGAAAUGACUCUUCAUGACUGUUGAUCAUCAUUGAUAAUUAGUCAAUUAACUUAGGAAUUUUUGAAAUAGAGACUGAACUAAAGAAUUAGCGUUGAAAAAUGGCGGAAGAAGGUGCCACUUCGAAAUUCGAAGUGACACAAGCGAAGACCCCCGAUGAUUCGACGUUGAGCCCUAUGUCACCAACAUCUUAUAGCAUAAGCGAUAAUGACAGAACAACUGACAGGCUUUUACCGGGAGAUGGACAUCAGUCUGACGACCAUGCAAGCCAGGAUAAAGAAAAAGCGACUUUUGACAAGAACCUCUACCUCUAUAGCGAGGAAAUGGCGGAAAGACCCCACGUGGCCAGUCUGCUCAACACCUUGGCCAACUAUGACGUCUCUAUCCCGACCGUCGAGGAUCAGCAGCAGGAAGGAAAGGCCGCCCCCAAGAAAGCCAAUCUCGGAACGAUAGCCGGAGUCUACUUACCAUGUAUUCAAAAUAUUUUCGGCGUCAUCUUUUUCAUUCGAUUGGUAUGGAUUGUGGGUACUGCAGGGGCGAUCGUCGGUUUCAUCACUGUCUUCUUGUGCUGCUGUGUGACUUUCACGACUGUCAUUUCCUUGAGUGCUAUUGCGACGAAUGGUAUAGUACCGGCGGGUGGCUCCUACUUCAUGAUAUCUCGGUCCUUGGGCCCCGAGUUCGGUGGCGCGGUAGGAAUACUCUUCUACUUAGCCACGACGCUGGCGGGUUCCAUGUACUUGGUAGGAGCCGUAGAGAUAUUUCUGAACUACUUAGCACCGCAACUCUCGCUCUACGGCGACUUCAGAGACGAUCAGGAGAUCAUGUAUAACAACUUUCGGACGUAUGGCACCAUUCUUCUCGUACUGGUCGGCAUUAUGGUGUACAUCGGCGUAGCCUUCGUCAGCAAGCUGGCUCCCAUCGCCUUGCUCUGCGUCAUCUUGUCUAUCGUCGGUGUCUACGUGGGGGUCUUCGUCAAUAUGGAUGGAAAAGAAGGUGUCGACUUUUGCGUUCUGGGAGACAGAAUUCUCACUUCGAAAAACAACGUGGUAUGCAGCAAGGACAAAAACGACACCAAUUCUCUGUUCUACACGUACUGCAAAAAACAUGCUAACUCUACUGCCAGCAACAAUACAGAGGACAUCAUCUGGCAGUGUGAUCCGUAUUUUGAAGCAAACGAGGCUAAAUUGCUUCCAGCUAUACCUGGACUUUCCAGUGGAGUAUUCUGGGAUAACAUCGUGGUCCGGUUCCGUGACAAGGGAGACAUCAUCGAUUUGUCAGAUGAUCCAGAACAGUACCAACCCAAGGGCCGAGAUACAUAUAACCAAAUUCUAGUCGAUAUAGCAACGUCCUUUACGUUAUUGGUCGGAAUCUUCUUCCCAUCUUGCACUGGUAUCAUGGCUGGCUCUAAUCGGUCUGGUGAUUUAGCCGAUGCUCAGAAAUCAAUUCCCACUGGAACACUCGCUGCACAACUGACAACUUCCUUUGUCUAUUGUUCCGGCGUAUUUUUAUUUGCUGCCUCCUACAACAACCUUUUCCUUCGGGACAAGUUCGGCGAAAGUGUAGGAGGUAAUUUAGGAGUAGCGAUGUUAGCGUGGCCGCAUCCAAUGGUCAUUGUGAUAGGGUCCUUGCUGUCCACCAUUGGUGCUGGUAUCCAAUCACUUACAGGUGCCCCUCGCCUGUUGCAGGCCAUCGCCAGGGAUGGCAUCAUUCCUUUCUUGAACGUUUUCGAAUACAGCAACUCAAGGAAUGAACCAACUAAAGCUCUCUUCCUCACACUCACUAUAUGUGAAUGUGGAAUAUUGAUUGGAAAUUUAGAUCACAUUGCGCCCAUUCUUACCAUGUGUUUCUUGAUGUGUUAUAUGUUCGUAAAUCUUGCCUGUACCCUCCAAAGUUUGCUCAAAACCCCUAACUGGAGACCUCGCUUCCGUUGUUAUCAUUGGUCAAUGUCCUUACUGGGAGUCUUACUCUGUUUAGCUGUGAUGUUCAUAAGCAGUUGGUAUUACGCGCUAGCUUCCAUGGCUCUCGCUGGACUCAUCUAUAAAUAUAUUGAAUUUAGAGGGGCUGAGAAAGAGUGGGGAGAUGGCAUCCGUGGUCUCGCCUUAUCCGCUGCUCGCUACAGUCUCCUGAGGCUGGAAGAAGGGCCACCCCACACGAAGAACUGGAGGCCCCAGAUCCUUGUUCUAUGUAAACUUAACUCCGAUCUAGUGCCCAAACAUAGAAAACUCAUCUCCUUUGCUUCCCAACUGAAAGCUGGCAAAGGAUUGACUUUAGUAUCGUCAGUGAUAGAAGGGGAAUUUACGAAGAAGCACAGUGAAGCUCAGGCUGCUAAAUUGAGUCUUAGGAAAGUGAUGACUGAAGAGAAAGUUAAAGGUUUCGCCGAAGUGGUAGUUUGUCCCAGUAUAGCGAAUGGUUUGAGUCAUUUAAUUCAAACAACUGGAUUAGGAGGUCUUAAACAUAAUACUGUGAUAAUGGGUUGGCCAUUCGGAUGGAGGCAGAAUCCAGAGGCUGGAAGAAUCUUUAUUGAAAACGUCCGAAAUGUGGCUGCUAGCAAAAAUGCCCUGUUGAUUCCGAAAGGCAUUGACCAGUACCCCGAAAUCACUGGCAAAAUAUCUGGACAUAUCGAUGUAUGGUGGAUUGUCCAUGACGGUGGCUUGCUAAUGUUGUUGCCCUUCCUACUGAAGCAACAUCGAGUAUGGAAGAACUGCAAGCUAAGGAUUUUCACCAUUGCCCAGCUGGAAGACAACAGCAUUCAGAUGAAGAAAGAUUUGUCUACUUUCUUAUAUCAUCUGCGAAUUUCCGCAGAAGUUGAAGUAGUUGAAAUGGUGGAUAGUGAUAUAUCAGCCUACACAUAUGAGCGCACACUUAUGAUGGAACAAAGGUCCCAAAUGUUGAAGCAUCUAAAACAAAGAAGGGGGACUCUAACUGUGGUGCAAACCAUUAAAGACAGCGCCAAUCAAUCCUCCUCCAAACUUAACAAAGUUCAAUUCAUUGAGAUGCCGGAUCAAGACGCGGAUCUGGUGGACGUAGAUGCGACGAGUGACACCUCUCCCUCCAAAGAGGACAAAAGCCCACCCAACGAGAAGGGAUCCCCACCUGCUCUGGCUCCAUCUAUCUCCAUCGAAGCGUGUGAGGAGCCUCCAGCCGAAAACGACAUCAAGGCGGCAGCCGAACCUGAGAAGACAGGAGACAGCAAAAUGCUGCUGGCGAAACCGGACGAAGCAAAUGUCCGACGGAUGCACACAGCUGUGAAACUGAACGAAGUCAUCACAAGUAAAUCACAAGACGCUCAACUCGUUUUCAUUAAUUUGCCUGGCCCUCCAAAGAUAAAGGCAGGAGAAGAGAACUAUAUGGAAUUCAUUGAAGUGCUCACCGAGGGACUGGAGAGAGUGUUGAUGGUUCGUGGUGGAGGACGAGAAGUGAUCACAAUCUACUCUUGAAGCACCAGGAACCGGCGGCAUCUGCAGAGGCAGGUGGUAAUACGGGUGAGCGUCUCAUUUCUUCAAAAAAAAGGAAACAAGCAGCUGCCUAGUUUAAACCAUGGAUGCACUAUCUGUUGUUCCAAUACCAUAGAAAACAAGUUACGAUUUGGUUCUCUUUUCCUACCUGAUUUCAUUCUGUAAUAGCGCUGUAGCAUAUGAUCUGAUCUUAUUUGAGCAGCUUGGAUUAUUCAGAACUGAAUUUUAGUGCGAAAGUUUUAACUAUAUAGAAUUCAUUUUUCAGAAAGGAAAGGGAAUUUUGGCAUUGUCUUUCAUUAUGCUUAUUCAACAGUAAAAAUUUGCUUCCUUUUCUUCUCUGUAGCUUUUGUAAGAUGUGUGCAAAAAUGAAAGUGCAAAAGGGAACCAUUCCGUUAGAAGGGUCCUAAUCACCAGCAAGCUUGAAUCUUGGCGUAAUUCCAUCAGCGUCCACAUUCAUUGAUACGAUAUGAUGAGCAGUUAAAUAAUGAAAUUUGAAAAAAUUUUGUCUGAGGGCCCUUCCAACGGAAUUGUACCAUGAAAGUGUUCUAAAAGGAAUUUUCAAAUAUUCCUAUCAAUAAAUAUUUAUAAGAGGGAUACCUAAGGAAAAAGUUUAUAAGGAAGCUAAAGUAAUAAAUGUAUUCUAAAGAAAAAAAUGUUUUUAUAAUGAACAUUUGACAGCCUUUCAUAUUUGCAUACUUGAACAAAAUUAGGAUAUACAGUCAAUAGUGCCAAUGCAAAUUUUGAAAUGACUGCUAAGAUAAGUAUAUAUCCGAGAUCAAAUGCACUGAUGAUGUCUAUUACAAUUCUUUUAUCUCUCAGCAAACAUUUCAUUUUUAUUUUUCAAAGUCAUCCUUGAUGGACAUUUUAUGCAUGUUCUCUACUUCUAAUGUGUUUUGACUUAAUUACUGUGAUUGUUUUUAGUAUUCUUAAUUACACUUAUUUCUAACUGAGUUCAUAUUAAACUGAAUAAUUCAUGUUUAUCAAAUGACAAGUUAAAUCACUUUUGAAAUCUUGCUGUGUCUGAUCUUUCAUCUCACUUUGUACAUAUGUAUUAUUCUUAGAUAAUUACCUAGACGCCUGGAAACCAGAAGCUUUUUAUACACUUACCUGUUAUUCAGUGUUUUGUUACCUAGUCAAAUAACUUUAUAUUUAUUGUUCACAUAUAUUGUUAUUGUUUUGUUACAUCUCAAUCUAGUCAUUUAACUUGCCAAAAAUAACUGUGUUUCAAAUUUAUGUGUGUUAUCCACUUACAAGCUAGUCCUCACAAGAUUCACAAGGCUUAAAAAUCCCUUUCGUGUGUUGGUUUCAUACAUAUUUUAGAAUAAAAUAAGGAAUGUUGUUACAUGUAACUUAAGACUAUUUGUUCAACUCCUAAUAUUGUAAGGCGAGCAAAUUAAAUGUUGUUGUUAUUAUAGUAUUACAAUUUACAGUUUUGAUAAUGAAUGAUAUAUGCUCAGUUUGUAAGAAAGGUCUUAAAGUAUUAUCAAAUCUUUUGGUGAAAAAGGUAAAUUUUCUUUCCCCUAAAAUUUAAUCGUGUUAUGUAGCAUUCAAAAUUCAAAGUGAUUCCUAUAUUUGUGUAUAUUAAAUUAUUUCGACUUUCUUUAUUUUGAAACUUUUUUAUUAAGAACAAUUUGUAACAUAAUUAGAUCAUUAGAUAUAAGUCAAUAUUAACUAAUACUUUUCAAUCAAUUUCUUAGAUUGAGUCUUUAACAUUUUUCUGAAGAUUUAAAUAUUUAGUUUAAAUUCUAAAAAAUUCAACUCACCAAUAAAAACGUGAGAGAUGAAUUUUCGUUUUAAUUAAGAAUUUCAUUCAUAAAGGCAUUGAAAAAAGUUUUAGAUUAUUAGUUAUAGAAUUCAGAGUUAGUGCCAAAAGAACCUUUUAAAAUAUGUGCAUGUUAAAGGUGUUGCCAAGCUAUAAGAAAAGUACUUAAUACUCUGAGAAAUGGGAGAUUAUUUUUUUUUUCAUUGCUAUUACAAACCAAUGUUACAGGAUUAAUAACUAGUUUCUAAGAAGUGCCCUUCCUAGAAAUAAAAUUACUAGUCAUAUUAAUUAAAUUAAAUAUAUAUUUUUCAGUUCUGUUCAUUGGAGAGGAAAAAAACAUCAUUCUGAAAGUUUAAAUACUUGUUAAUAUUCAAUAAAGUUGAAUAUAAAAACAUACUGUCAUCUAUAUAUAUUUUUUAUUACUCUCCUUAAAUUAAAUUAUAUAACUGCAUUUUUUAAAACCAUUAUUAAGUUUCAACAUAAACAUUAUAUUGAAUGGUUAAUUUAGUCUUACUCACAGCUCACAAAAUAAACUUUUUAAAGUAAAAAAGGGGAAAAAAUCAUUAAAGAGAUACUUAAACAUUCUCAUUUAUCUGUGACGUGAGAAAUUUUAUUUAAUGCUCCUUAUAAUGUGCAAUAAAAAAGGCAGCUAUUGAAAGUCAGAAAUAGGUAAUAUAGAUACAGGCUGCAAGUUCAAGAUGAGUGAGAAAAAAAAAAGAGUUCAGAGGUUUUCUAGUGAUUUAACAUCUUUUAUCAAUAUUUAAAUAGAAAGAAUUUUGAUAAGGCUCUUUAGCUGGAUUUUACUUUAUUCCAACAAUUUUAUAAAAGCAUUAUUAAAUAGUUAAUAGCAUAAUUUUGCAAAUAAAAUUUCAUAUAAAAUAUUAUAUUGAUGUUAAUACAAAAAAAACUGUAUUAAAUUAAGCACAAUAAAUAAAUGAAAGUUAAUAGAAAAUUAAAAACUAUGCAUAAUUUUAAAUGGAUUAAAUGUUUAUUUCAUGAAUUAUAUAGAUUAUUAUUAAAGUCUACUAAACAUAUUUCUAUUAUCUUAAAUAAUGCUUAUAUUCUUUCUUUUAUUAUCAUUUUGGAAUAAAGUAAAAUAAUUCGUUUCGACUGCAAGGAUAAUAUAACUGUGAUCCAGCAAAAAUUAUUUUUGCAUAGUCACAGAUAAAAUGAAGUAUAGUGAAUUAUAUCUGUAACUUUUAUCCUCAAAAAUUAUUGUAUUUGAUGGUUCCCAGAAGAAUGCUUUUUAUGUAUUUUACUCAAUUUUAUAAGAUGCUGAUAAUGAAUGUUAAGUCAAAGCCAAUAAGAGUUACACUACAAUAAAUUUCUAUAGAAAGUUGAUUGUAAAGUUUUAUCCACUUGAGCACUUCUAUUGCUGUUAGGGUAAAUUUGUGAUGUAUUUAUACUGUUGAUGUAGACAUUAUUUAAAAUGAAGUUAUAGAGUACGAAAUUUGUGAGAGUUGUUUUAGGGUUCGGUGCUAAAGUGUACUUUGAUGCUACAGGCAAUCUAGAAGUUAUCUAUCAAGUUAUUUUUUAGAGUUUUAUGAUAAAAGAUUAUUAAGAGUUGGAGAGCUAUUAUCAAAGUAGAAGUAUAUGAAGAUAUUUUUUUCUAUAAAUUUCAACUGAAAAAAAAUCAAAUAAUUAUGAAUAUUAAAUAUCAAAUUUAAUUUUUUUAAUUUCAAUUAUAGAAUCAUGCAUUAAGUAUCAAAAGAUAAAAGUGCAUGAAUCAAAAUUGGGGAUGAAAUAAUGGAAUAUUUAAUAAAAAUUAAUUUUUAAAUUUAAGUAAAAUAUCUGUCAUUCAUUCAUACAAAACGAAAAUCAUUUAUUUUAGAGAUACAUAAUGGUGUUUAAGUUUCUUGCCUUAUUUAUUCAUGUAAUAACUUUUGAAUUAGCAUUAUUUUUCUUUAUUGGUAUUUUUAAAUAAAGAUUUUUUCCAUCUGUUUAGUAACUUUUCUUAAGUAUAAAAUAAAAAGUUAUGAAUGAUAAAUACUUUUAUGGUUAAAAUUAGUGCUGAAAAGAACAAGAAAAUGGGAAUGGUACAUUUUUUCCAAGGAACAGGAAAACAGAAAAGAUUUGAUCAAAGGUACAUUUCAAGAAUGUAAUCUUCACAAUAUAAAUGUGUACCGAACCAUUUAAUUACCUUUCGUAGGAUGCAAUAAAAUUUUAAUGUUUUUUCA